GGUACCCCCUGAGACUCCAGAGAUUCACAUUGCUGUUGAGAAGAUUAAGUCUGAAUGCUAUUCUUGGGAGAUUUAUCACUCCGCAGAGGCUUUUGAUGCAGCUCGACUCCCUGCUCCAAUUUACGGGGCCCAAGGUUGGAUCUUAAACGGUUAGCACAUGUCUCCCCUUUUAAUCUUUGAUUCCUCACACGUUUUGUUAUUUCUUAUUGACAUCCAGGAGCGCCGGAUAUUGAUCCUGAAUUAAAGGAACUGCUAGGUGCAGGCGCAAGCGGGAGUAGUCGACCUGGAUUGCCAAAGAUUAUUUUGAAAAAGAAAUUUGUACCUCCUACUAUCCCCCGUUAUGAAUUUGGUAGCCCUGGCUUUCCUUCUGCUCCGUUUCCCCCUAAAUCACAUGGGAAGCGUCCCAUAGGUGAGGUUGAAAGUGAGGUGUCGGGGAACGCUUUUGCCACUUGUCCUAACCUCGAUGGGGGGUCUCCACUUGUGAGCGCGUUGACCCGCGCACCAGUUGAUUUGCGAAAAAUGUUCGAUCUGUUACUCCAACUGAGUCCUCCACCCUCGGGCAUCGCCACUUUGUCCAACGAAAAAGUUGCUGAGCAGCUAGCCCAUCAUCUAGCUAACGUUGCUAGCACAGGCGCCGAGUUGUUCCUGCGAUGCCAGCUUACUGCUAUAGGAUGGGAAAAAGAAACACAAUCACUCAGGGCCACCGUGAGGGAUCAGGAAAACCAACUCGAAUCUCGUCGAGAACAAAUAUCCCAUUUGGACGCCCAACUCUAUUCUUUGGGACAGUAUCCAAAUUCCGAUCAGUUUCGUCGAGAUGCCAUUGCUUAUUUCGUAUCUCGACCAUCCGAGGUGCCCGGUCUGUUGUCUGCUUUAUGUCCCUCCGAGGAUGCAGCCAUUCCUUUGUUCCAUAUGUUCCGAGAAGACCAGUGAUAUCAGCGAUGAUACGUAAGGUGACCGCAUGGGGUUAUCUCAAAGGAACAAGGGGCAUGCAACAAACUUUGUAUCACAUAUUACAAAAUGCUCUCCCUGAGGAUUGGGAAUCGGUUCGUACCAUUCUGCCCGAAGAUCUGACACCUCCCGGUCCAGAGCCCUUCAAGAAGCCUCCGACGGGUCCUUCCUCAUCGCGUGGUCAAGAUCCAUGAUUGUUUUAUCCUCCAUAGUUGUAGUUGCUUGUUCGUGGAGUGUGAUCGGGAGACCGACCCCGCUUGUGUCGGUUGUACUUUUAACUUUGCGUGUAUGAAUCAUUUCAUUCCUUCACUUUGUCAUUACGUAACAUGUUGUUUUCUUAA